CAGCUAGACCCAUGACAAACCAGCCAGCAAGCCAGCCACUGCAGCAGCAAACAUCAACCAUCCCAUAAAGCGCACACACAAACACAAAAAAAGAAAAAAAAGAAAAAGAAAAGGGAAUCAGCUUACUUCAAUAAGCCUUGCCUGAUACUCUUCCUUGUCUCAAUUUCAUCUUCUUCUUUCCUUUUUUUUUUUUUUUUUUACUUUUUUUUAACUAAGAAAAUCCAGAAAGAAAGUAUGUUUUUUGGAGCAAUUUUGUGCACAAAAGCGUUACGUUUGGCAUCUCCUCAAAUCUGCCUGCUUAGAAAGAGAAAGUGAAGUAGGACAACAAAGAAACGAGAGAGAGGGAGAGAGAGAGACUGGUUUUCAUUGAAGGAAAAAAAGAAGAAAAGGAAGAGUUGGUUUUUCAGUUUGGUUUCCUAAUGGCGUUUUGCUCUAUAAUUUGUUGUGGGAAAGGUGUGGAUCGGAAGGAGAAAGCAAAGAAGCAGCCGACGUGGAGGGUUUUUUCAUUGAAAGAAUUGCACUCAGCUACAAAUAAUUUUAAUUAUGAUAACAAGCUUGGAGAAGGGGGAUUUGGCAGUGUCUAUUGGGGUCAGCUAUGGGAUGGAUCACAAAUAGCAGUGAAGAGAUUGAAGGUGUGGAGCAACAAAGCAGAAGUGGAAUUUUCUGUCGAGGUCGAGAUAUUGGCAAGAGUUCGACACAAGAAUCUACUGAGUUUACGUGGCUACUGUGCUGAAGGGCAAGAACGUCUGAUUGUAUAUGACUACAUGCCAAAUUUGAGUUUGCUUUCACAUCUUCAUGGGCAGCAUUCAACUGACUGCCAACUUGAGUGGACCAGAAGGAUGAAUAUUGCAAUUGGCUCUGCUGAGGGAAUUGCCUAUCUUCACCAUCAUUCAACCCCACACAUAAUUCAUAGAGACAUCAAAGCUAGUAAUGUGUUGCUAGAUUCAGAUUUCCAGCCUCAGGUUGCUGAUUUUGGGUUUGCAAAGUUUAUUCCUGAUGGUGCAACACAUGUGACUACUCGAGUCAAGGGUACCCUUGGCUACCUUGCCCCCGAAUAUGCUAUGUUAGGAAAAGCCUCAGAGAGUUGUGAUGUAUAUAGCUUUGGCAUUCUUUUGCUAGAGCUUGCCAGUGGCAGGAAACCUCUUGAGAAACUGAGUGCAACAUCAAAACGCUCAAUUGCAGAAUGGGCUCUGCCGCUAGCUUGUGAAGGGAAGUUCAGUGAAGUGGCAGAUCCAAGGCUGAAUGGGAAGUAUGUGGAAGAGGAGUUGAAAAGGCUUGUGCUCAUCGCACUCAUAUGUGCUGAUAAUCGACCUGAGAAAAGACCUACCAUGCUUGAAGUUCUUGAGCUGCUCGACGGAGAGUCGAAAGAGAAAUUAGCUGAACUAGAAAAUAAUGAAGUGUUCAAGAACCCACAGUCUGCUGUUUGUUAUGAUGAUGGGACACCAGCCGCUGAAGAGAGCUCGGACAUAAUUAAGGAAGAGAAUGAUCCAAAACCUGUGAAGGAGACUAAGCACGAAAAUGCUCUAGAUGGCUAAUACCUUGGACAAAUCGAAGUAUUAGAAGUGAAAUUUGUAUCUGUGAUAUUUUGGUUCGUUUUCUUCUUUUCUUCUCAUUAAGAGGUGGCACUGGCUGUCCAUUAUUAGAAUUGCCAGCAACAUUUGCCACUUUUUAAUAUGGAAGCAUGUUUUUGUGAGCGCUAUGGGAUAUAUGCUUGGGGGCCAACUUUUCUUUUGUUCUUUGUUUCCAUACAAAUAUUUGGUGUCUGUUGGGUGUUACAUCUCUGGUCUAUGAUAGCUGAUGUAUUGACAGGUUCUGAGUUUGAGUCUGCUGCUUGUGAGAUUGACAUUUCAGGUGUGAGAAAA